UGGCGGACACUGGCAACAAUCGUUGAUUACACUGACAACAAGAGUAAAACUUGCAAAACAAUGUCUGAAAGGCGCCCUAUCCCUCGAAAAAAGACUUCGAACUCUAGUAUUUCAUCACGAGCUUCCCAUGAUGGAUAUAGGAGGGAAUCCAUAKYGAGAAAUGAGCAUUUGAACGAGUGCAAAGCUGCUUAUCUUGCCGUUUUAAAAAGCACCAGUGAACCGAUCACUUCGAUGGAUGAAUUGUCAUUAGCUCUACAAUUCGGAGGAAGAAAUCCCUCAAGGAAAACAUUGCAGAAAUACUGGAAUCARGAUACAGAUAGUCUAUCCUACAAUGAAUUCUGUGACAUCAUGCAAAAGGAGAAGCCAACAUCCAAAGAUACUUUAUUAAAAGCCUUCAAAAAGAUUGACAUUAAUGGCGAUGGCUUUAUUACCUUUGAUGAACUUUCUAGACUCUUGACCAUGAGAGGAGAACGAAUGACCAAAGCAGAAGUCCAGACAAUACUUGAUGAAGCGGACUACAAUAAAGAUGGCAAACUUGAUUACAAUGAGUUUUGCAACAUGUUGACAACAACUUCCGAAGAAUGUACAAAAAAGAACAUGAAAAAGUUGGGUUUGACAAAUGACAAUGGAAGGUCUUCUASUAAUAAUUCACUUUAUGAAAGAAAGAGUUCUGCAAGCAGUGAUAGAAAGUUCUCCACAAACAGCACWAACAAUGAACGGAAGUUCUCAAACUCAAGGAAUGAGAGAAAGUUUUCUGCAAGCAAUUCAAAUGAGGAUAGCAAGGCUUCUCUAAGUAGUCUGAGAGAAAGGAGUGAUUCUAUGAACAUGAUGAAAAAGUCAAGUAAUUCAUCAGUUGACAGGCCAAUGAAUAUACUAAAUAAGGACAUUGAAGAACCACAGAACCUCAAGAUAUGGACAAAUGUCCARAGUAAAGGAAGUUUCUUCAUAGAGGAUGAUGGCUCCAUUGUCAGCCAUCACUACAUUCUUGUUUUACCAAAAGAGACUCAGAUAUGGCUGACAAUACAACCCAUACCAUCAAGAUCAGCUCCUUCAGAUCUAAGGUCAGUGGAUACAGAGCUUUUCAUUAUGAAUGACAAAACUGGAGAACUUGUGACAUUUACAGCUUCCAAGCUAGGAAUGAAAUAUUGCUUGGAAAGUACAUUAAGUAAAGGCAAGUACCACCUUGUGUCUCUCACCUCAGGAUGUCAUCUUGGUACUCGUAAGUUUGAGCCUACAAAAGCAGCCAAACUGACUCAAGGAUCUGGAGACAAUCUGAAGCUCACACAAACCUUCAGGACAGUUUUAACRGAGAUCUUUACCAGGUCAGAUCUUGACAGUAAUGGCUAUCUUAGCCGGAAGGAGUUUGACUUGUUUCAGAUGAGAACCAGUGGAGAGCAGUGUGAUGACGAUGCAUGGGAGGUCAUGACAGAAAAUUUUGAAAUGAAUAAUGAUGAAGAAAUCACKCUAAAAGGAUUCCUUGAYUURAAUCUAAUGGAAGCCAAGGAYGCAGARGGUGGUCUUGAUGAUUUAUGGGUUACAAUUGAAAGUAUGGGAUACAACAAAGCACUAGAGUUGGACCAGUCCUGUUCAUUCUACAUGGAUAUUUUUGUCAAGAACGGAAARCCAACAUUGRCGGUCAAUGGUGUYGAUAGAUGUCAAGAMGARAUAACAAAAGCUCUAAUCAGCUCUGUGCUACAAACUGGUGGUAAACCUGAAAACAUCAAAGGAAUGAAAGACCUUUUUCUGUAUAAAUAUCAAAGCUCAACGAGAUGUUCUUUGAUCAUUGAAAACCAGUCACAUCAUGAUAUCACAUUGAGGGUGAAUUGUAGCAGUAGCAGGAAUUGUAUCAGCCAUAGAGGUGAUCUAGAUUAUACAAUGGAGAUAUUGGCAGGGAARACUGAGGUUGCCCAUCACAUUCUUCCUGAAGAUACCAAGAAACAGAUGAUAGUGAAACAUAAUAUAGCCAUUGAAAAAUAGACAUUUUAGCGUUUUAGGGACAAUACUUCUGGGUUAGUUUUAAUACAUUAUUGUAUAGGCAUUCUCUAGGUACACAGAGAAUCUUAUAAUUAUUGCUAGAAGGGUUAGUAAAAUGCUCUCAGUAGUAGUGAAAAUAGCUCAAUCUACAACUCUCUCUCUCUCUGUCCAACAAAUAAAAUAUAAAAAAUCUACUGCAUAAAGUAGAGCAUUCACAUC